UGACUCUGUCAGAAGUCUAAUUUAGAUGCGAUUUGGAACUCAAAUGUAAUCAUUAGUCAAGCUUUUAAAUUGGAGAGAAAAUAUUAUAAAGAUUGUUGUCUUGUUUUAGCAUCCAUUGGGGUACCUAAGAGACAGAUGUCGACAGGAGGAAUUGAAACAAAAGGUGUGCCAUCCACAUCAAUUCGCACCCACACUGAGGUCUCCACCAAUGGCGGUUCUAGCUUUUCCACAGACACCCCCACUUACAACACUGAGACCCCCACCAAAAAGAGUUUGUCCACUGUGACCUCUACCACGACCCUGGUUUAUCAGACUACUUUAGUUGAUGCAUCCAUUGGGGUACCUAAGAGACAGAUGUCGACAGGAGGAAUUGAAACAAAAGGUGUGCCAUCCACAUCAAUUCGCACCCACACUGAGGUCUCCACCAAUGGCGGUUCUAGCUUUUCCACAGACACCCCCACUUACAACACUGAGACCCCCACCAAAACAAAUUUGUCCACUGGGACCUCUACCACGACCCUGGCUUAUCAGACUACUUUAGUUGAUUCAUCCAUUGGGGUACCUAAGAGACAGAUGUCGACAGGAGGAAUUGAAACAAAAGGUGUGCCAUCCACAUCAAUUCGAACUCGCACCGAGACCUCCACCAAUGGCGGUUCUAGCUUUUCCACAGACACCCCCACUUAUACCACCAAAAAGAGUUUGUCCACUGGGACCUCUACCAUGACCCUGGCAUAUCAGACUAUUUUAGAUGAUGGAAUGUUGGUGUGGUCAAUCUUGAUGACCAUUCUCAUCAUACUAAUAUUGCUGAAAAGAUGGUUGCAAGCAAAAUGUCGAAAUUGUGCACACACCCAACCUGAACAACUAGCUACCACUGAACAACCAGCUACAAUACCUUCAGCAACAUCAACACCAGCACCAAUUUCCUCACCAGCAAUUGUACACCUACACCCAGCAUUCUCUCCGUUGUCAUUCACUCCUCCUUCCUUGGCCACGACCCCAAGCACCAUAACCUCAACCCCACCAGACACUGCACAAUGCUUAACUUCAGCACUCACGAGUCGGUCAACUCCACCCGCUUCACAAGCUGAAAGCAUAGAAAUGCGAACCCCGCCAUCACUUGCCAAAACCCCUGAAACACCAUCCACGGUGACCUCAGCCAAACCUCUGCUAAGUCAAACAUCAGUCUCUGACAACACAAGGUCCAAGACGGCAAAGAAGCAACUUAACUUGUAAAAAAAAACUGUAUAUGUGCUAAGGGAAAAACUUUCAUUUACUACAUGUAGUAAGUCAAACAGAAAUUUAUGUAAAAGAAAGUAGAUUUGGUUUUAUUUUAAUUUUACAACACGUGUUUGCUAAAAAGGUUUUAACAUGUGAAAAGUGCCAGUACACAUGAUAUCCUACUUUUGGAUGGAUAUAUAUUAUUAUCAAAAUAGUUUUAUUAUUGUUAUUUUGAUUACCAAUUGUGAAUCAAUACUCACUAGUAAUUUUUUUUUUUUUUGGUUUUACAUGUGAAAUGUGCCAAUACACAAAAUAUCCUACUUUUUGAUGGAUAUAUAUGUAUUAUUAUUAUCAAAAUAGUUUUAUUACAUGUAUUGUUAUUUUGAAUACCAAUUGCGAUUGUUGUGAAAACUAACUGUCAUUUACUGACAAGUCGAGCUCAGUUAGAGUUUUAUGUAAGACUACUAUAAUAUUUAGUUUCUCAGGCACUGCAUCAUGCAUUCAAACAGAGAAAAGGGGAAUAACUCAAUGUUACAUAUGACAUUUUCAAACCCCAAGGUGAAAAACAAGCCUAUCUACCUCAUGUCUAUCUCAUUACUUUAAAAAAAAAAAAAAUGUCUGAGGAACUAAAAAUUAUUUUUUAAGCCUAAAGGACUAAUGUGCCAAUACACAUGUUAUUGUUAUUUGGAAAACCAAUUGUGAUUUUUUUUUUAUAACUGAGGGACUUUAGUGUUUUUAUAUUGUGGAAAUGUUCUAUACAGAUAAAGGAAUUUGUAUACAUUCAUGGUUCAUUGAAAGUAUUUUAAUUAAAAUGUUUUUUCCAUGUAUAAAUGAGUUUCUGUUUUGUUUAUUUCAGUGUACAAUGCUAUUAAGGAAAAAAAAAAUUAAA